UCAAGAGCACCCUAAACCGGCGAGCGUGUAUGAGGAAUGUUAUGAAAGUGAAGGAAGCGAAUGAGGCAUGUCAGGAUCGUAGCAAGUGGAAAUCCGUGGUCUCUGCCUACCCCUCCAGGAAAUAGGCGUGAUUAUAUGUAUGUAUGUAUAAAUUGGUUUCAGUGCCUUCGACAAACAAAACGUUCGGCCGUAUAAUAGAGCAAAUAUGCAGUCCUUUAAUUGGCACAGUUACUACCGACUUGACGACAUUUACGACUGGCUUGAAGACCUUAGCGACAGAUACCCGGACGAAGUACGAUUGCGCACUAUUGGAAAGAGUUAUGAAAACCGGACAAUAAUGGCAGUGAAGCUUACUUUAAAGGGAUCUAUAAGGAGAGGCAAGAUAAUAGUCGAAGGGGGUUGUCAUGGAAAUGAAUGGAUAUCCCCAGCGUUUGUGACCUACAUGUUACAUACAUUACUAAACUUCAAAAAGUAUGAAAACGACGAAUUGGAAACUAUUGCCCUCAUGUAUACUUGGAUUUUCGUUCCUGUAAUGAACCCAGACGGCUAUGAGUACGCUCAUACGACAGAUCGAUUAUGGAGAAAAAAUCGACGUGGUGGUUAUGGCGUGGAUUUAAAUCGGAAUUAUGGAAUCGGUUUUGGGGCUCACUGCCCAGACAUAUCUAACACCGAAAGUCGUGAACACUGCGGUGAUAGUCCGUUCUCCGAGCCAGAAUCCGAAGCAAUGGCACUAUACACAAAAGAUAACAGCGACAACUUGGAGUACUACCUGUCCUUCCAUUCCUACGGACAGCACAUUAUUUUACCUUACUCUGUAUCUGUAGAGCAUAAAGAUAACUACAAUGUAGUGAAAAUGAAAGCUGAAAAGGUUGCAAGUCGAAUACUGGAAAAACAUAGUCUACAGUAUACUGUUGGCAAUAAUUACGAUAUUGAGGGAUACCUGGCGUCAGGAACAAGCAGUGACUGGGUAAAGAAAGCUUUGCAAGUACCUUACGUGGCGACCUUUCAGCUUCCCGAUACGGGUGUCCACGGAUACGCAUUGCCCCCGGACCGAAUCUUGCCCGUUUGCCAGGCAACAAUGGACGGACUGCUGCUUUUCUUCGAUCCGGACAUAGAUAAAUUCUUAAGAAGUGGCGAUAAAAAUACACAAGAACAUCAUCCAAAGUGA